AAUUCGGCUGCGAAAAAGCCAUCGGUGACGGAGUGGCAAGAAAUCACCCGAAUACGUUCUUAAGAAUUGUCAUCGACCAUCUCCAGGCAAUCAAGGUUAUGUAAAAAUUAAUAAUUAACCAAGGGUUAUGUACAAGAUUCAACUGACUUAAACUCACAAAAUCACAAGAAAUGCCGCCAGCCGACUGACAAAUAAUCGGCAAACUUCAAACCCUGCGGAAUAGGUAGCGCGUCAGACAAAACUCGAGGGUCUCUACAGUUUUUUAACGUACGUGCAAGCUCUACUGACUGAAGACUUCGUGGGCAGUGACCGUUGUCGACAUCCGUCAGCGUCAGUAUCAGUUGAGUGCGGUGACAGUCUGGUGUUUGCAUAGGUGUCAGAAUUUAUGUGCAGGUUGUGUCUGCUGAGGAAGAGGACUGUAGAAUACACAGGUGUUAGCGAAGAAUGUGAUCGAUAAUCAACGUAAUAUAAAAUACUAUGAGCACACAACGUAUUAGCUAAUUUGUAAACUUGGCUUCUGUCAAAUUCUAAACCUCAGUGAUAAAGGUGUCGACUCCACUACGGUCGUACCCUAACUCGGUCCUUCAGUGGCUAUGAUCAUCUCAAUGAUACAGGAUUUACACAUCCAUACGUCGUCGUCGACGGUUAGGGCGACCCUAAAAAGGGUCUCGGUGGCGAAGAAUUAGGCUUGACGACCGCUAAUAUUAACGCGUUUCCACGUACGCAGGCAACCAAGGAGUAUAUUUGUUAUAAACGUCGUCGAUCUGGAAGGACUCCUGCAGAAAUCAUGGGGAAUGCUGACACCAAAUUGAAUUUUCGAAAGGCCGUGGUACAGCUAACAUCAAAAACCCAGCCUAUAGACGCGGGUGAUGAUACAUUUUGGGACCAAUUCUGGUGCGAGAAUGUCGUUAAUGUGCAAGAUAUAUUCACACUCAUACCAGCACCUGAAAUUCGCGUUCUCAGGGAAGAGGCCCCUUCGAAUUUAGCAACACUUUGUUACAAGGCGGUUGAAAAACUUGUAAAAGCUGUUGACAACAGCUGUCGGACACAGAGGGAACAUCAAACCGUUUUAAACUGCUGCAGGCUUCUGACCAGGCUCCUACCGUAUAUAUUCGAAGAUCCUGACUGGAAGGGAUUCUUUUGGUCGAGUUUACCAGGAAAAGAAGACGAAGAGAGUGUGCCAUUAGCGCAUUCUUUACUCAACGCGAUUUGCGAUCUGCUAUUCUGCCCGGACUUUACGGUCGCGGCGAAUAGAAAAUCUGGACCGGACAAAGCCGAAGAGUUACAGUCUAUCGAUAGCUGUGAAUACAUAUGGGAAGCGGGGGUCGGGUUUGCUCAUUCGCCGCCGAGAUAUCCCUACUUGGAUUCAAACAGGACUGAAUUAUUAAAAUUAUUACUCACGUGCUUCAGCGAGACCAUGUAUAAUCCGCCCACGGAUCUUUCCGUAACGCCUAACAGAUGGAUCGCUCAUCUCACGAGCACGGAGAACAGACAUGCUCUGCCGAUGUUUACCUCGUUACUUAACACAGUAUGCGCGUAUGAUCCUGUCGGUCUUGGCGUCCCCUACAAUCAUCUUUUAUUUACCGAUUCGUUAGAGCCUCUAGUUGAUGUGGCAUUGCAAAUUUUGAUCGUGACACUCGAUCACGAUACCAGCGGGGGUUUUUCGAUGGAAGAGGGAGUCCCAGGGGAUAAUUUAUUCAUUAAUUAUCUCAGCCGCGUUCACAGAGACGAAGAUUUUCAUUUUGUUCUGAAGGGCAUAACGCGACUUCUGAACAAUCCCUUACUGCAGACUUACUUGCCUAACUCAACAAAGAAGGUUCACUUUCACCAAGAACUGUUGGUCUUUUUCUGGAAAAUGUGCGACUACAAUAAAAAGUUCCUUUAUUACGUCCUGAAAAGUUCCGACGUCUUAGAGGUUCUUGUACCAAUCUUGUAUCACCUGAAUGACUCAAGGGCCGAUCAAUCGAGGGUUGGUCUUAUGCAUAUCGGCGUUUUUAUCCUUCUAUUACUGAGCGGUGAGAGAAAUUUUGGUGUCAGACUCAACAAACCUUACACAGCUACAAUUCCAAUGGAUAUUCCAGUGUUCACAGGUACUCACGCCGAUUUGUUGGUCACGGUGUUUCACAAAAUAAUAACGACGGGACACCAGAGACUUCAACCGCUGUUUGACUGCCUUUUGACCAUACUAGUCAAUGUAUCACCCUAUCUAAAAACUCUUUCGAUGGUUGCAAGUACUAAGCUUUUGCAUCUCCUCGAGGCAUUUGGAACCCCUUGGUUUCUAUUCUCAUCACCAACGAAUCACCAUCUGGUCUUUUUUCUACUUGAGAUUUUCAAUAACAUUAUACAGUAUCAAUUUGACGGGAACAGUAACCUCGUUUAUACGAUAAUACGUAAGCGUCAAGUAUUUCACGCCCUAGCUAAUUUACCUAGUGAUUGUAAUACAAUUGCGAGAUCAUUGAAUCGGAGACAGAAAAGGCCUAUACCGGUUAGUACCUCAACUGAAAACGUUAGUGAAAUAGCCAUGGAAGGAUCCAGACCUGCGUUACCUGCCGAACCGGGCACCCUCAAAGCCUCUUUGCUGGAAACACCGGGGAUCGAAAAUAUGACGGAAAAGGAAUCAGCGCACCCUUUAAGCCCGGCAGUAGACGUAGGCACAAGUUCCGCGAAUACAGGGAAUGACGCCAAGCAUCGAGAUACAACAGCACCAACAGCGACGGAGGAAGAAAUACAAGAAAAUUCCUUGGGCUCUACAAAAGCGAGUUCCGUAGUCCAUAAAGGUGGAAUCAGAGUAACGGAACAAACAAAUGUCGCGCAAAAUGUCAAUCAAUGGGUGCCCUCCGGUGAUUGGGUGCAUCAGUGGAAAAGUAAACUACCCCUACAAACGAUAAUGCGCCUAUUGCAGGUCCUCGUGCCUCAGGUCGAAAAGAUUUGUAUCGACAAGGGCUUGACGGAUGAGAGUGAAAUACUGAAGUUCCUUCAGCAUGGUACUCUUGUGGGUUUGUUACCUGUACCACAUCCCAUCUUAAUUAGGCGAUACCAAGCAAAUGCUGGGACCACGGCUUGGUUCAGAACCUAUAUGUGGGGUGUUAUUUACCUGAGAAAUGUUGAACCUCCAAUUUGGUACGAUACUGACGUCAAAUUAUUUGAAAUUCAGAGAGUCUGAGAAGCUGAAGUGCGGAAACAUUUUGCGAUAGACUCACGAUAAGAGAAGAGGAAAAUCGCUCGACUAAUGAUGAGAAUAAU